AUGAUGCCGGCGAAAGGAUUUCUCCUUACGCUGCUGGUGCUGGUUGCUAGCAGCAGUUUCCAUGGCCAUCAUCAGGUGAAGGGAGAAAAGUAUGAUGAUGAGGACGACUACUACGACUCAAGAGAGCGUGUCCUGGAAAACUCAUACCACGGACUGAUAAAGGAAAAUGAAACAUUCGUUGAGAUAACGCCACUGAUCAAAGUCGACGAGACGAAAAUCUGUGGUUUUCACAUAAUCAAAAAGAACAAGGAAAUUCCCUUUCAGAUUGAGCUUGUCAACGAGCUUGGCAUCCUGAAAGCGAAAAAGACACUGAACUGUGAAAAGCGGAAAAACUACAAAUUUGACAUUACGGCCGUUUUUUGUGAUGGAUCACAUUCGAAAAGCGCGAGCGUACACAUCUCCGUGAUUGACAUUAAUGAAUAUUCGCCAACAUUCCUGCAGCCCUCGUACGUCACAGAGGUUGACGAGGGUCGCCUAUACCAGGAGAUCAUCCGUGUAGAGGCUACGGACAAGGACUGCACGCCACUGUUUGGCGAUGUGUGCAAGUACGAGAUCCUCACCAACGACCAACCGUUCACCAUCGACAACGAGGGUUCGAUACGCAACACGGAACCGCUGUCGCACAAGAUCUCGCACAACCACAUCCUGUCGGUCGUCGCGUACGACUGUGCCAUGAAACAAUCCGCCCCGGUCAUGGUAAACAUCCGCGUGCGGCGUGUGUGCGAGGCGCACGUUAUGGGCGUAGCGGAGCGUAUCGACUACAUCGCCAACUCGAUGGAGAGUGUGUCACUGUUUCCGAAGAUUCAUCUCGAGCUGUGCGAUAUGCAGUGCAAGGGCGAGGACAUGGUUAUCCAAUCGUCGGUAUCGCUCAAAACCAAGCACAUCUCGUUCGGUUGUGAUCGGGACGCGAGCCAAUGCAUGCGCCGGCUGAACGAGAACGGACAGCAGCGUGACGGUGCCGGUGACACGUCCGGAUUGGUUGACUUGCUGCAGAAGAAUACCGACUGGACGAAGGACCUUACGUACGACGAAGGUGCCGAGGCGAUCUUCCACUUCGAUGGUAGCUCUGGUGCGAUCGUGCCGAAGAACGUGGUGCAACCGCAGGACUUUGCCGCCCAUCAGUUCAGCAUUGUGACGAUGUUCCGGCAUCAUAGCAUCGCGACCAGUGACAAACACACGAAGGAACACAUCGUCUGCAGUGCGGACGACCACAAGAUGAAUCGACACCAUAUGGCACUGUUUGUGCGCAACUGCCGGUUGAUUUUGUUGCUCCGCAAGGACUUCAACGAUGGCGACCUGAACAUCUUCAGCCCGGCCGAGUGGCGCUGGAAGAUCCCGCAGGUGUGCGAUAACGAAUGGCAUCACUACACGAUCAAUGUCGAUCUGCCGAAGGUGGACCUGUACAUCGAUGGUAUACGCUUCGAGAGCAACGUCGAGGACCGUCACAGCAAUCCGGAAGUCAUUGAUGAUUGGCCGCUACAUGCCGCGCACGGCAUCAACACGACGCUUGCCAUUGGCGCCUGCUACCAGGGGUCGGAGAAUCGGCUCAAGCAUGGUUUCAGCGGUGACAUUGCGGAGAUUAAACUGUCCACGCGCAAGGUGCUGACGGCGAAUCAGAUCCGGUGUGGGACGGAUUGUGCGGAGAAGCUUCUGCCACCGGCCGACCACUACCUGGAACCGGAGCAACAGAUCCAAUCGAACACGCAGAUGAACAAGAUUAUUAUCGAGGGCAGCAACAAGACGAACAUCGAGCAGCUGCUGCAGCAGAUUCAAUACAUCAACUCGAAGGAAAGCCCCACGAUCGGGCGCCGUAACAUUCAGGUGAUGACGACGGUUAGCUGCCCGAACAAGAAAGCUAUCCGAUUGCCAACGAUCGAUACCUACAUAAUGGUGAGCGCGGCAAACAAUUUGUCUGGCGGUAGUACACUGUCGUCCUCUUCGUCCUCCUCUUCCGGGCUGUACAACAAGAUACUGGUCGAUAAACCGCUCGCGACCGACCAGAAGCCACAGAUCGUGAUCAGUGGCAACUCAAACCAUCUGGUGUCGUACCCGGACAUUAAGGAGGGUGUAAAAAUUCUGGCACAGAUCAACAUUAGCGUUUACACCGGCAAGGACAUCCGGCCUGAGCUGCAAAAGCUUGACUCGUGCAACGUGAAUGUAUUCCCGAGCCUUAACCCCGACCACGAGGAAGUCACGAUUGAUGAUAAGGACGGUGCGGAUGAGUCACUGUUCAAGUUCGACAUCAAGACGCAGAUCAGCAAGGAGGGUGUCGAAAUGAUCGGUUACGACACGAUCGAGAACUAUCAGCACGUGCUGAAGUCGCUGGUUUACAUCAACAAAAAGCCGGCCUACUAUCUGAACCGGGUGUUCAAGCUGACCUGCUCCCAGGUGGACGAUCAUUUCCGCAGCGCGGAAUACACACUGACGCUGACGGUGUUACACCCGAAGCAGCAACCAGCCUCGUCGAUCGCUUCCGCCGCACCGUCUUCGAACGUACUGCUCGCCAUCUCGACGGCACCUUCGGAGCAACAUCCGGCCGUAGCCGUUGAUUCGCACGACAACACAAACCAGUACGCGCACGUGAUGCUACACUCGCACGACGUCCAGGAAUCGCAGUCGAAGGUGCGCAGCAGCGGCGGUGCCACCCUGCUCGGGCAUGAGAAGCUCGCCUCGUCACACUCGACCAUGUUGAUCGUGGUCAUAUGCGCCUCGUUCGUGCUGCUCAUCUGCGGUGUCGGUAUCGCCCGUCUGCGCAACAGCAACGCUGCGAUGGCCGGUACCAGCGGUGGACAUGGAUCGGCGGGUGGUGCCGGUGGUGCGUUUUCGCGCAACCUCACCGACAAGCAUCUACCGUGCCCGAAGGUCGCACCCGAUCAGCAGCUCGACUGGGAUGAUUCGGCGCUGACCAUCACCAUCAACCCGAUGCAACACGACACACUGUCGGACGAAAGUUCCGAGUCGGAAAAUUCCGAUUCCGAGGACGAGGAGGUGCUUAACGGGCGCUACAAAAACGUCAGUCAGCUCGAGUGGGACAAUUCCACAAUGUAA